AUGCUUGAGACGGAAACACUCGAAGGGUGCCUAGUCGCGCUAAGUCUGACCAGCCCUUUGCCAAGUGUGGCAUUAGCAGAUGUGCUCGCUAACCCACUGGAUCUCUGUCGUGUACACUUAGCAAAAGUCUUAGCGAGUGCGUUGGAUUGCAGCAUCGACGCUGCCUACAAGUCAAUACAAUGGCCAAAUAACAUCUUUAACGGAGAUUUGGCUGUUGUUCUUCCGAAGCUUCGGCCAGGCUCCAAAGCCGACGAAAUAGCGUUCGAGAUUUUGGGAAAGUUCCCGAAAGACGACCCACUCUUCCUCUUUCCCUUUGUGGAUGGUGUGCAUUUCCGCGUCCAAUUGAAGCCUAGUUCUGUACCGCGUCUUCUAUUCCCUUACACCUCAAGGGGUAACUAUGGCUCUGCUACAUCCAAUGAGUCGAAAAGGCUCGUCGUCGAACUCUCCUCUCCGAACAUCACCAGCGAGUUCCAAGGAAAGCACUUGCGAAGCACAACCAUCGGCGCAUGCAUCGGCCGACUAUACGAGGCGAUGGGAUGGGAAGUGACGCGUAUCAACUAUCUCGGCGACUGGGGCAAGCCGAUCGCGUUGUUGUACGUUGGCUGGUCGAGGUAUGGCUCGGAAGAAGCGUAUGCGGCGGAUCCGGUCGGACACCUGCUGGAGGUCUACCACAAGAUUGAGGAAGACUUCAAGCCGGAACAGGCGGCGAGCAAGGCAGCGCGGGAUGAAGUAGCGAAGGAAGGUGAAGACAAUGGCGAGGCGCAGGCCGAGAUCGAAAGCCAAGGCAUCUUCGCAGAACGCAACGAAGCUUUCAAGAAGCUGGAAGAGGGUGACGAAGAACUAGUCGCCUUUUGGAAGCGCGUGCGAGAUGUCAAUAUCGAAAACUACACGAAGUUCUACGAGCGACUUGGUGUGCGCUUCGAUGAGUACUCCGGCGAGUCGCAGAUCAAGCCUGAGACUAUGGUGGAAGUGGAACAGAUGCUGAAGGAGAAGGGUGUCUCGGAGGAGAGUGGAGGAUCUCAGAUCGUCCACAUGCAGAACAUUGGUGCGAAAGCUGGUACGGCCAUUAUUCGCGACCGCUCCGGUAGCAGCACAUACCUCCUCCGAGACCUCGCCGCGGUGUUGGAGCGUUCGAGGAAGUACUCGUUCGACAAGAUGGUGUAUGUGGUUGCCAGCGACAAUAGCGUCCACUUCACUCAGCUCAUCAAGGUGUUGGAGGCGAUGGACAUGAAGGAGCUCGCCAAUAAGCUCCAGCAUGUCAAGUUUAGUGAGGUAUCGAGAAUGGCGACGACGCUUGGUAGAGGGUACAAGCCGCAGGGUAUAUUGGACGCAUGUGAGGAAGCGAUGACUGCGUUGUCGGAAGCCGAUGCUGAGAAGCUCGAAGUGGUAAGUGGGUUGGAUGAUGUCAGGGAAGGACUCGCGACAUCGUCACUGCUCGUGCAAGAGCUGUCGACUCGCCUGACCACAACACAUGCCUUCGAUACCAGCGCGAUGGCUUCCUUCAAGCUUGGGUCGGGCCCGGAUCUGCAGUACUGGCUGGCUAAGCUCCGCCGAUUGCUCAAAGGCGCUGAUGCCGCAGCUGAACUCUCGGAUGAAGAUUACGAAGUGUUAGCUGAAGAAGACCCGGCCAAUCUUCUGCGCAUUUUGGCUCAGUACCCGGAGGUCGUGAAUGCGACCUACCAUUCGCUCGAGCCGGCUGGUGUUGUUACGUAUCUCGCCAGUGUGACUGAGCAGCUUGCUGAAUGUCUUCCGGAGGAGGCUGAUGGCGAUCAGGAUGCGAAGGUCACCUCCGGUCUGGCUGCGCUCUAUGAGGCGACUGCAGUCGUGCUGGAGAAUGGCAUGAAGCUGCUAGGACUGGCGCCGAUCGCGCAUUCAUUGCCGGAGAGAGCGGAUACGCCGGUGAUGGGAUGA